AUGAUAAACUUCGCUGCAUUCAACUGCGCUGCGCAAGAGUAAACACCAGAGUCGAGGCGGUGGGCAAGAAAAGAUAGGCAAACGUAUUUCCUGUGCUGUACCUGAUUCUACAUUGUUGUCUUGCCUACUAAAUGUAAACUCACAAAUUGUUAAAUCAGCCCCUGGAAAAUGCAAGCCAUCAAGUGUGUAGUGGUUGGAGAUGGUGCUGUGGGAAAGACAUGCCUGCUCAUCAGCUACACAACCAACGCCUUCCCUGGAGAGUACAUCCCCACAGUGUUUGAUAACUACUCAGCCAAUGUGAUGGUGGACAGUAAGCCAGUGAACCUGGGACUGUGGGAUACAGCAGGACAGGAGGACUAUGACAGACUCAGACCUCUGUCCUAUCCUCAGACGGAUGUGUUCCUCAUCUGUUUCUCUCUGGUGAGCCCAGCAUCGUUUGAGAACGUCAGAGCCAAGUGGUACCCUGAGGUACGACACCACUGCCCCUCCACACCCAUCAUCCUCGUGGGCACCAAGCUGGAUCUGAGGGACGAGAAGGAAACCAUUGAGAAGCUGAAGGAGAAGAAGCUAGCGCCCAUCACCUACCCACAAGGCUUAGCACUAGCCAAAGAGAUAGACUCGGUGAAGUACCUGGAAUGCUCUGCCCUGACCCAGCGGGGGCUGAAGACGGUCUUUGACGAGGCCAUCCGAGCGGUGCUGUGCCCCCAGCCCACCAAGGUGAAGAAACGACCCUGUCUACUCAUCUGAUCUCAGACCUGUGGAUAGACCAAGAGGGAAGGGCUCAGGAAUAACACAACAGCAAAUGUUGAUUUUAGUUAAAUACAAAGUUUGGCAGUUUUACAAAGUGGUCUAAUGUUCAGAUGAGUCAACAUAUGUAGUGUUGAGUCUUGCCAUCUGUAGUGUAUAUCCAGCUAUAAUUACAGUAUGCCUCAAUCCCAAAUGAAUGGAAGAUAGUUGGACCGUUGGAUUGUACCAUUACAGAUGGUGCUGACCUUUCCCACUGAUUGGGGAUUGAGGCAUAUAGCUGGAUCUACAAUUCUUCUCAAUGUUAGACCACUGUUCAGGUCUGAAAACAACCAUCAGACUUUUUGGAGCAUCAAUAUAAAUGUCCUUAAUAUUUUAAGGACAAAUCCUGGAUAUGUACACAUGGAUAAGUGUUUUAGAUUCAUAUAUUGGUAUUUGGUUUUGGUUUCUGACUCAUUUUCUUAUACACUUCUAUAUGGAUUGUUAAUGCAGUGACUGGUCCUUACUGUACAAGAAAGACACUGAAAAAUACAUAGACCAAACAUUACAGUGUGAAUAGUCAGAAAUGUAUUGCACCAUCCUAAUGUAAGAAACUUUCUAAAAUGAUCAUGUUGUUUACUCUAUAAAAUUUAUUUUUCAUAUUUUGACAUGAUACAGCAUUCUACUAUAUUUCUAAGGUACCGUAUUACUUUUCUCUCUAUUACAAUUUAAUUUAACACAAAAAAAACAUAUGAGUGUGUGUGAUUGUGUGUCCCCUUGCCCUUAGAACAGCCUCAAUUCGUUGGGGCAUGGACUCUACAAGGUAUCGGAAGCGUUCCACAGGGAGGCUGGCCCAUGUUGACUCCAGUGCUUCCCACAGUUUUGUCAAGUUGGCUGGAUAUCCUUUGGGUGGUGGACCAUUCUUGAUAUACACGAGAAACUGUUGAGCCUGAAAAACCCAGCAGCGUUGCAGUUCUUGACACAAACCGGUGCGCCUGGCACCUGCUACCAUACCCCGUUCAAA